GGGAAGGUUUCGGUGAGUACAUCGUAGCUUUGUCCCUGACAUUCAGUCGAAUCGCUGCUGCAUGACCCCGCAACAUACUGUACUUAUCCUCCCCAAUGGCACGGUCUUCUCUCGCAUCUUUCCCUCUCACACACGCUCAUCGUCUUACACCUGCGCAAUCUCCCUGCUACAGCAUUCCCCUACCCUACACCCCUGCCAUUUGAGGACGAAAGUAGCAUUCCCAUGGUGCAAUUGUCAUUCUCUCACUCUGCCAAUAGCUUGUCAUCAAUGAAUCUGCCGAUACCUCGAUCCCGGGCACCCAGUCGAGCCGGAUCCGACGGCGGCAGUAUCGCUCCAAGUGCUCGGAAUGGAGGUCCACCUCCCAAAGCUCAGGAACGUCUUGUCGAGAUCGUCAUGCCAGAGCCUCUAGCCGCCAAGCCCCAGGAGGAGCUCGUUUCGUUUGCGCCUCCCACGUCGCCCAAGCCGAAACUGGUCCGCAAAAACUCUCGCUCCUCUAUCAUCUCCACUUCGUCCUUUGGGAUUGGCCGACGUCGAGCCAAUAGCGUCAAUGCUAAAGAUGCGGCUGCCCUCUCCCCCAGUUCCGCCACCCUCGCUGCGCCGAUGCCCGGCAAGCGUGAGCUGCCUCCGGUCAGCUUUCCAGCGGCGAAGCGGUACACGUUCACGCGCCACGGCGACGCGCCUUCUUCGACGCGGACGCGGACUAUGUCUGGAGGCACCUCGAGUCGACCUGGAUCCAUCUUCUCAGUGGCCAGUAGUCCCUCAGGCACGUAUCAACCUCGCAUGUCGAUUGGUCCAGCAUCACGACCAUCCUUCGCUGUGGACCGCAAUGCGCCUCCCGUACCUACCGCAAGAUCUCCCGGGGGGUUGAUGGCGCCUACGCCGGGUCAAAACUCUCACCGGAGCAGUUUCGCCUCAUCGGAUGGUCGAUCAAAUCGUGUGUCUGAGUUUGGUGGGUAUUCGCCCGUAAAUCCCAAGUCCGCCUCUCCCUUUCCCAAUCGAGGUGAAUUCUUGAGUUCCACGCCGCCACCGCGUCUCGAGCAGGCUUUUGAGCGUCCUCCGCCGUAUACCAUCGGCAGAGCGCCGAUACUCCGAGUGUUUGUGCCCCUAUCCGAGCGGGUCAGGAGAUGGCCGUCAGCCGAAGGAGCUGCUGCGAGUGUCAAAGAGCUCGACAAGUGUGGCGCCACGAGACGGCUCAAGUUGGGCGACCUUGUCGUGAAUACGGCGAUCAAAUACCCAAAACACACGGAACACGUCCUUCUGUUCGUCCCAUACAUCAAGCACCUACUCGUCCCGCUAGAAUACAAGUACAGUGAAACGGGUCAUCUGCCCUCAUAUCUCGACGCAUUCUCCAUCCCUCCAUCCUACUAUUAUCCAUUUCUCCCCACCCCACAGAUCAUCUUCCUCAAUCUCGCUCCUUACUGCAUCAUGGCCAUGGGUGCGAUACGGUUGGCAUUCGACCGACGAGAUGUGACGACGACGUCCGGAGCGAGAAUCAGUGCAAAGCGCUACCUCCAUGUGACGGGCUUUGAAGUAUGUCCCGGGGAUAACGCCGCACCCGAAUGGCAAGGCAUGGUGUCGCUGGAGUCUGAAGGAACGGCGGAGGGGAAGAUGGAGCUGGAACAGAGGUUAGGAGGUGGUGAUCCAAACCGGGCAACGAUGGGACCUUGGGAAGUGGUAAGGGAGAAGAGUAUGAUGGGGACAAUCUGGUUAAGAUUAAUCAAGCUGCAAGAGUAGCAGCUGUAUGCAUUCAUCUUGUCUUGGUUUUGAUUUUGGU